CCGCCCCCCAGUUUGGGAACCGCUGGUCUAGAGGAGAAGGAAGGAACAAAUGCGAUGGACAAACAACUUCAAUAAAUUUGCCGGUAGAAAAAUAGAGCAGGAAAUGGAAAAGAACUUACAGACCUUUUUAUCAAGCAGAAAAUACAUUAAAAAAAUAAAAAUUUUAAAUAAAUACAACGCUAAAAUCGUAAUUUUAUUUCGUAGCCUUCUGAUCCACCCAGUGACCCGGUACUGUGGAAACUUCUGUUAAAAAAAUGUUUAUACAUAUACGUAUCCAAAGAUAAAACUCGCUCUGCUUAACGGCUUAACCUUGAAUGAAACUGAACGUGUGAACGUCGAGUUUAGCUUAAGUAGUAGUAGUAUGCGGUAUGAGAGUCAUCAUCGGGUUUCUCGGCUAUACUAAAAACUAAAGUAAACUUAAAGUACUUAAGUCUCAUAACAAUAACAAACAAACCCCCCACCUUGCGUUUGUAGUUCUCUUUAGCAACUUCAUCAUAGCAAUUGGUCCGGUCAAUAGUUCAUAGAUUUGAUCAAGUGAUAGUGAUAUCAGUUUAUCAUAUGGAAUAAAAGCCCGGCAUUUUCACACUCCUGCACAGUAUUAGUGAAUCUUUGGUAUUCGUAAUAACCAGUGUAAACGUGUUGUGAGUUUGGAUAGUUGAUUGUUAAUUUAAUAUUCAUCCACCAUGUCUCAGCUAAUAAAAGAACAAGAUGCAGGAUUUCUUUUUAGAUCGCCUCUAGAAGAAAAAGCUGUUAUUCCCGAUAAAAUCCCCAAGUGUCCAUGGACGAAGGAUCUUUAUAAAACGGAAAAAUCUCCACACAGCAAAUGGGAUUGGAAGCCCUAUCCAUCCAAAGUACUUCCAAAUAUAGCCAAAGCUGUAGGAAAAACACCUAUGGUAAAAUUAAAUGGUAUUCCAAAAGCUGAGAAUUUAGAGUGCGAAAUCUAUGGAAAAUGCGAAUUUCUAAACCCAGUUGGAUCAAUAAAAGACCGUAUGCUGAUUCGAUGCAUUGAAGACGGCGAAAGAAGUGGAAUCCUGAAACCUGGUGCAACAAUUAUUGAAGUUUCUUCUGGUAACACAGGCGUCGCAUUAGCUUGGGCAUCAUCAAUUAAAGGUUACAAAUGCAUCGUGGUAUUACCGGACAAGUAUUCAAUGGAGAAGGAAUUUCUCAUUAAAGCGUUUGGUGGACAAGUCGUAAGAGUACCAAUGGGAGCACCAUAUACAAGUGAAAAUGGAAUGUAUGGAAAAGCUCAUGCUCUUCAUAAACAAAUACCAAAUUCCAUUCUACUAGAUCAAUUUUCCAAUCCGUCUAAUCCAUUAGCACAUUAUGACACCACCGCCGAGGAAAUAUACCACCAGUGUGAUGGACAAGUUGAUAUGAUUGUAAUGGGAUGUGGCACAGGAGGAACUCUGACUGGUAUAAGCAGAAAGUUUAAAGAAAUUUCUCCCAAUACAAUAAUUAUAGGUGCUGAUCCUUAUGGGUCACAAUACGCUCAACCAGCUGAACUCAAUAAAACUGAUGUGAAGGCUUUUGAUAUCGAAGGUAUAGGAUAUGAAAUUGCUCCUACAGUAUGUGAUAGAUCGAUGGUCAGUAAAUGGUACAAAUUCCAUGACAAAGAGUCUCUGAACAUGUGUAGAAGAUUAAUAAGAGAAGAAGGAUUAUUAGUUGGAACAAGCAGUGGCGUAAUAAUGGCAGGUGCUUUAAAAGCAAUUAAAGAUUUUAACAUGGGAAAGGGCAAGAAAGUGGUAGUUCUACUUCCAGACGGCGCCAAAAAUUAUCUGACCAAAUUCUGCUGUGAUCAAUGGAUGGAACAAAGAAAUUUAUUACCUGCUGUUAACACUCAUAAUCAUUGGUGGUGGGACGUAAACGUUAUGGAGCUGUCAUUUAAACCAUGUCAAACUGUGGAAAAAUCAGCAUCGCCCAAGGAUGUUUUAGCUCUUAUGGAUAAACUUAAUGUAGAUUAUUUACCUGCUGUAAGCGAAGGACUGAUUGUUGGAUUGGCUACAAGAAGAAAUACUCUGAAUCGUAUGAUAGCGGAUGAGUCACCAAAUGAUGAAAUCAAUAACUGCUUGGUACGGAUGUUUUCUAAACUACCCAAAGCUAGUUCUCUUGGACUUGCAUCAAGAGUCUUAGAAGUAGAGAAUUAUGUUGUGAUCCUGGAUAGUGACAGCGGAGUUGAUGAAACAGUAGGAGUAGUAACAUCAGAUGAUAUUCUUCAUUACAUUCAAACCCAUAAAAAGAAUUGAUUCAAAAUAAACUUACCAUACCAUAUAACGGAUUAACAUCUUUUAAUGAACUGAAUUUUGUUUUUUUUUAAUAUUGUGUCUUCAUGUAUUGUAUUAUAAAUUUUAAUAAAAUACUUUGAAUUUUA